CUCUCGUUUAGACACUCAAGUAUUGUUUUCUUCUUUUGCAGGCCAGACCCAGGAUCUAGUCAGAUUAGAUUGUGCUUGCAGGUUUUGAAAGCUGUCCAGAAACUGGCUCGCGAAUCGACAAUUAUGGCGAGAGAAACCUGGGAGGUUUUGUUGUUAUUUCUUCUCCAGAUCAAUGACACUCUUCUAGCAGCUCCAACUGUGCAAGGUGGCAUUGCUGAGAAUCUGGCUGAAAAGUUAAUUGGCGUGCUGUUUGAGGUGUGGUUACUGGCUUGCACACGGUGCUUUCCAACACCACCUUACUGGAAAACUGCCAAAGAGAUGGUGGCCAACUGGCGACAUCACCCUGCAGUAGUUGAGCAGUGGAGCAAGGUCAUCUGUGCCCUCACUUCCAGAUUGCUGCGUUUCACGUACGGCCCUUCCUUUCCCCCGUUCAAGAUCCCUGAUGAGGAUGCUGGUCUGAUUCCUCCUGAGAUGGAUAACGAGUGCGUGGCACAAACUUGGUUUCGCUUUUUACAUAUGCUGAGUAAUCCUGUGGAUUUGAGUAACCCAGCCAUUAUUAGCUCAACCCCAAAAUUUCAGGAGCAGUUUCUGAAUGUGAGUGGGAUGACUCAAGAACUGAAUCAGUACCCCUGCCUUAAACAUCUGCCUCAAAUAUUCUUCCGUGCCAUGCGUGGGAUCAGCUGUUUAGUGGAUGCAUUCCUAGGCAUCUCACGGCCCCGGUCGGACAGCGCGCCGCCCACGCCAGUCAACAGGCUGAGCAUGCCCCAGAACACUGCUACCAACACCACCCCACCCCACAACCGGCGGCACCGGGCCGUGACCGUCAACAAGGCGACCAUGAAGACCAGCACCGUAACGACUGCACAUACGUCCAAAGUGCAGCACCAACCCUCCUCUACUUCUCCACUCUCUAGCCCGAAUCAGACGAGCUCGGAGCCGCGGCCACUGCCAGCUCCUCGCAGGCCGAAAGUGAACAGCAUCUUGAACCUCUUUGGCUCAUGGCUAUUUGAUGCAGCGUUUGUUCACUGUAAACUUCAUAAUGGAAUAAACAGAGACAGCAGCAUGACUGCCAUCGCCGCGCAGGCGGGCGCGGAGCUGCGCCGCAAGGGCUCCCAGCUGUCCACGGACACCCUGGCCUCCAACCCCGCCCUCGAGGCCGGCGACUUCCCCGACAACUACGAGGCGGGCAGGGCAGAGGCGUGCGGCACGCUCUGCAGGAUAUUCUGCAGCAAGAAGACCGGGGAGGAGAUCCUGCCAGCUUACCUGUCCCGAUUUUACAUGCUUUUAAUUCAGGGGUUGCAGAUAGCGGAUUUCGUUUGCCACCCUGUUCUUGCCAGUGUUAUUCUAAACUCCCCUCCUCUCUUCUGCUGUGACCUGAAAGGGAUUGAUGUUGUGGUUCCUUAUUUCAUUUCGGCUCUUGAAACUAUUUUACCUGACAGAGAACUCUCGAAGUUUAAAAUCUAUGUAAACCCCACAGAACUAAGAAGAGCUUCGAUUAACAUCCUGCUGUCUUUGUUACCUCUCCCUCAUCAUUUUGGAACCAUAAAGUCUGAGGUUGUCCUGGAAGGGAAAUUCAGCAACGAUGACAGCUCGGCGUAUGAUAAACCCGUAACGUUCCUUUCCUUGAAGCUGAGGCUUGUGAAUAUACUUAUAGGAGCUUUGCAAACAGAAACAGAUCCCAACAACACUCAAAUGAUACUAGGUGCCAUGCUGAAUAUAGUUCAGGACUCGGCGCUGCUGGAGGCCAUUGGCUGUCAGAUGGAAACG